AUGGAGACUCCUCCCACAAAGGGACCGUAUACGUCGUUAGACGGCAAUCAUAGUUGGCAACCUGGGAUCUUUCGUCGUAUACCAUGGUCUGGGAUCUCUGCGCUAUUCGGAGCCUUUUGUGCUAACAUAGCCGCUAUCGCCAUCCUUGUGGCCUCCGACGGUAAUCUCAUUACGGCUUGGAAGUACUCCCCUACGGUGUACCUAUCAGUCUCGUAUACGAUCAGUAACAGUCUGAUCGCUGCGGCGUUCAGCGAAGCCGUCACUGUAAGCACAUACAUGCCCACGGUAGUCCAUACCCGCUGAUAAUGAAUUUCAAGCUCAACUGGUGGAUGAAAGCUAUCAAGCAGGGCACGUCACUGGGUGAUCUGCACCGCUACUGGCGAUAUGGCACUGCGCCCAUGGCAGCUCUCCUAUCCGGACGAUACUUCAACUUCGUAGCUUUUGCUGCUGUCUUUGUCGCUAUCACGCCCAUCAAUGGCCCACUGCUACAAAGAUCGUCUUCGGUUUCGGAUUCAACGAUAUAUUCGCUCGUCAACCUCUCCUUUCCGGCUGCCAAGGUGAUUGUCAGAGGCACUGGCUACAUCUCAGGGCGUGCGUACGAUGUUCCGCUGUUCACCGAUGAAUACAAUCCAGUCGUUCAGGUAAGUCACUCAUCUAUUAUCCAGAAAAUGCGAUCUGAUUGAUAGUGCACAGGCCUAUUACAGGAACGAUGCGAUGCCCGCCGAUGCCGCCGGGUGUCCAGCGAACAGUCAGUGUUCUGGCCGAAUGAUUGGUGCAGGCCUCUCAGCGACAUGCGAGUCAUCCACGGCGCCUUUCAAUGCUGCAUCAACGCUAUCAAACGGUUCCAUCAAUUUCGCGACUACAGACGUUUUCCAGAGUAAAUUCUACUGGUCUGCGUCGAGAGCCCCUGGCAACGUCAGUCUGAAUAUCCAGUAUAAAAACACUGCGCCAUGCACUGGAAACCUGAUAGUCAAAAACUGCACUCUGCAAGCGGCUACUGUAAGGUAUCCCAUCGUGAUUGAUGGCCAGACCUCGACUAUUUCCCUGGAUUCGUCGACCGAUAUCUUUGACGACGAAGUGCUCAACACGACAGAGUACUCAAUCCAGAUAUACGGAUCAGAGACGCCAAUUGGUGGUUAUGCAUUUGCCUUGAGCAGCAGAUACAAUACUAUAACGCAUCUGAUGUUUUCGGGCGGUACGUACAGAGUCUUCAAAGAUUCAAUCUAGGGCCACGCUUACGAUGACCUCCAUAGCUGCUGGAUAUACGCUCAGCUCUGACGGCCCUUCUGGGCCUCAAUUCGCUAACAUGGAAGACAUUACUGAUACUACUAUGGGCUUCUGCAAGAUCAAAUUCAAGGAUCCUACGCCGUUUUUAUUGCAACAGGCCCGCGAGUUGAUGUUCCGCACCGCACUUGCUCAGGGAAAUAGUUCGACUUUGCAGGCUAUUAAUCCAGCCUCAGAAGCUAAAGUAGCAAGUGUCUACACCACACAUUACCCAUACAUGGCAGGUGCGGUAGUGAUCAACAUGCUUGCCAUCAUGAUCGUUCUAGCGAUGUUCAAAGGAUAUUGGUAUGUCGACUGUUCCAUUACACUGUGUUGUACAACUGACGAGAAACCCUCCGCCAGGCACCUUGGACGCAAUAUCUCGAUGUCGCCCCUGGAAAUAGCGAGAGCAUUCAAUGCCCCUCUUCUGGCCGAUCAGAACUCCAACGCCGUUGCAAUUGAACUCGUCAGCGGCGCCGACGGCAAACCUGUGAGGUAUGGUUUGGUAGCAGGUCCCGCUGCUGCACAGCCUCACAUCAGCACGCAGCUCUGGAAGGGCGGAGAAGUGGUGGAGAUGAAGCCGCUGCCUUCACGUGGUCCAAGUCCAGGAGCGCUGCAACAGCAUCUAGAGAUCGCAGAUUCUCGUAUUGUGGAACCGCUAAGGACUUGA